AACAAUAUGGCGGCCGCCGAGUUGGACCGACGGGGAUGGCAUCUCUCAGAUGAGGGCAUUGCUCAGUGUACAGGGGGCAACGACAAGAGUAAUGCAGAUGCCAUCAUCAAGAAAGCACUGGAUAGUGACCUGAGAGAUGUGGGGGGUAAAUGGCUGAAUGAGGAUAUUAACAGAGGACGUCUGGAUUAUGUGGAAGGGCCAGCAGUUCUGCAACUACAGAAGUUGCGAGUGGUGUCAGCUCCCAAAGAUAAUGAGGAAUCGCAGACAGCCCCUCGAUUAUGUCGACUGUCUUUGACAGAUGGCCACACGACGUGUUCAGCAGUUACUCUGGAAGCAGUCAAGGGACUUGGGGUGAACACUCCGCCAGGGAGCAAGGUGCUGCUGUCCGGGACAGUGGAAGUGGAAACCAACUUUCUCCUUCUCAACGGCAAAAACACCAGCCUGCUUGGUGGCCACGUGGAGAGUCUGGCAGAUCCCUGGGAACUGAAGAAGACACUUGCUAAACAGUCUCAGAUCAGGUCCAAUAUGAGAGGAGAGGGAGGGCCACCAUUAUUUGUUCCAUUUGGGAAAAAGAUUGCAAAUGAACCGUUGCCUCCUGCAAGGAAAGAUAACUUCAAGUCUCUGAACAACAACAAGGAGAAGAAGAUAGAGGAGGAUAGCGAGUUUCAGCAGCAGCGGCAGGCCACCAUUAACCAAGCCCUACAGGCCAAGUCUCACGGAGGGGGAGUCAAGACUUUUGGCGGAGGACAGAAGCAGCCUAUCAACGAUAAAGAUCUGGCCCGCAUCGUGGAAAUGGGUUUCUCCGCAGAAGAAGGAACUUCAGCUCUAAAAGUGUCCGGGGGUAACGUCAGCGAGGCAAUCAACACUCUUUUGUCGGGAGGUCAUCGAUAUCAAAGAGGGGGCGACAGGGGAGGCGAUCGAGGAGGAAGACAAGGUUCCCGGGGUGGAGGUUCAGAAAACAGAGGUGAAGGUCGACGAAGAGGACGUGACAGAGAAUUUGAUGAAGACGGUGAUGGCCCUCUGAACACACGACCAAGUGGCCCAGCGACGUUGUUCGAUUUCCUUGAAACCAAAAUCCCUGCCAAAGAAGAAUCUCACAGAGGAGGACGGGGUGUGGAGCGACCCGCGACCUCACUUCUGCCGCCACCUGCCUCAGCGUCAGCCGCCAACUCAACCAGGCACAAUCGGGACCAGGGCUACAGCGACAAGCCAGAUCGCCGUCCUCAAUCCUCCCAGCCCUACUCAUCGUCUACCUCAUCGUACGACUCGAGGUCCACUCAGAACCGCAUUAAUUUUCACCACCGCGACGGCGGCGGCCCUCCCCGAGGUGGUUACCGCGACAACGCGGACCACCACGCUGGGGAAGACAGCGGCCCCGGUCACUGGAACAGGCAGCAGCAGCAACAUCAGCAGCAGCAGAACCUACCUCCACGGUUUGCCCGCAUGGGAAGGGGGGAUGGUGGUCAAGGAGGAGGAGGAGCUCCCGGGGAGAGGGGGAAUAGCUACAACAAUCAAAACAAACAGUGGAAGGAGGGCAACCGAUAUCAGCAACAAGGUCGGGGUCAGGAUUACUCUGGCCGCGACGGAGGGGGUCCGAAGAAUGUACAGCAGCCGGGCGGCGGCAGAUACAAUAACAAUCAGUUUUCAAAUGACUCCAGGCCGCCCCGAGAGCCGCCGCAGCAGCAACAGGAGAACGACUUCAAAAAACAACCUCCGAACCAGGACCAUAACGCAGCGAAAGACAAGGGGAACGCUCGGGCCGACGGCCAGAGAGUGCAGGGUAAUAAUAACGACAGCACUGGCGGGCCGAAUCGCAACUCUAGUCGAGGCGACACGCGGGAUGGGAAAAACUUUGAGCAAACCGGAGGAGGAGGAGGAGGGCCAGGCAGGUCUCAUCAGAACAGAGGUCCGUCUCAGCGGGGGCCGUACAAUCAGCAGCACGUGCCGCCUUCAGCUGGUGCGCCUGGUUACCCCCCACAGGUCGCACUGGACGCUCACCACAUGCCAUACGGAGGGAAACCGGGCUUUGGUGGACCGCAGUUUCCUGGAAACGGAGCCGUCCCUGUUGGCCUGGGCGACACUUGUCUAGCCCGGUAUUGGGAAGAUAAUGAGUUCUACCCAGCUGUAGUGGAGGCCAUUGCCCCAAAUGGCAACACAGUGGUGGUCACUUUUAUCGAUUACGGAAACCAUGAGGAAGUUUUUGUCGGAGAUGUCCAACCUUUGCAGCAGUCAGGCUGGAAUCCCCAGCACUUCCACGCAGGACCCGCCUUUGUGCCGCCCAUGGAGUUCACACGAGGCGGUGGCUACUACAGCGGUGGGGGAGGUCGACGACACGACACCGGUGAGAGACGCAAGCCCACCCAGUCCUACUACCAGCCACCCAAUCAGAAGUCUCAUUGACCCCGCGCGUCUGCUGUCUUUUGAUUAUGAUGUUAGUCCUUGUUGUACAUUUGUAAUAUAUAACGCCCGGAGAAUCAUACAGACUGUGCACACCAUCUUCUCAUUUGUUUAUUCUAAGACUAUGAUACUUAAAUUUUGUAAGUGUCCGACUGUCAGGCCUGUGGUUAUCGUCUGAGCCUGUAUACUACGUAAAUUUUGGAUGAAAGUCAAGUAUAACUCUCCAUGUCUUCAUGCAUGACAACAACUACUACCAACAGUGUUCCCUGUUUCUGAAAUUCCACAGAACACAGCUGGAACGCCACAGUGGAUUCUUUUUGGUAACUGGAGAAUUGCAGACUAGGUGACCUUGGAUGUAAUGCACGAGGUCAAACAAUUUAAAAGGGAGGGGGCUAUACUUUGCUGUUCCGAUUCUGUAAGUUUCCAGCUGUCAGACCUCUAGGUGUUCAACUAAGAAUCAUGCACAAGGCAGGCUUCCAUACUUGUUUUUGACCUUGGGUAUAAAGCACAAAACGGGAAUAAGGACAACAUUACAAGAGAGGAUCGGUUGUUGUUUGGUUUUGGGGGGAGGGGGGGUUGCUAUUUGUAAAGGUAGUUGCUGGUCAAGCUAAUGUUUCAAAUGCAACAUUGCUUUUCUUAUUGGUUUCAAUGCCAGGAUAAUGUCAGAGAUAAAAAAGAACAUUGUUUUUCAUUUAGGGGCUUUUUGGUAUACAGCGGAGUCCAGUUUUAUGAGCUGGGAUGAAUUUGAUUCUUUCUUCCGUUGAGUCAUUUAUACGAUUCUGAUUUUUUAAACUGAUUUUUUCCCCCCAUUGUGUUGUUUAUUCGUCCAGAUAAUAUGAAUACAUUGGAUUUUGGGGGGUUUUCUGAACUGUGUCCGAAACCCCGUCUCCCCAUUUACCUACUCAUUCCAUCCCAGGCUGAUUUAUAGAGCAGCAGUCAUUAAUUAAUUGUCCAUGAAGUUAUCAGCAAUAAGAGGGAUGUCUAGUCUUUCUCUGUAUCUUCUUUAUGGACACACUUAUAGUGAACCUGGGUAACUUUGAACGAAAAGAUUAAUUGUUCCUAGCAAGUUCAGGUGAAACUGACUCCACUGUACACACAAAAGACUCUUGACUCAAGCCAUGUGUACAAAAGGGGCAGAUGAGUUUCUUCUGAUUUCUUAUUGUACAUAGUAGAAUCAGAGAAAUCCUGAAGAGGAAAACGCUCUGCAACUGAUCUUAGUGUUUUAUUGAUAUAUGGAUAAGGGGUAUGACUUCAACACUACCGUAUAAAUAUAUAUAAAGGAUGAUUGCAUAUGUACAUAUAUAUUUGUAUGUAGUUUGCAUGGUAUUCUAGAACAUCGCUGCCCGUAUGUAUGAAUGGUGUUGGUCUCUUCCUCAAGUGUUCUUUUAUCGUAGGUACUUAACCAUUUAGUGUUACAUACCUGUAGCUAAGAGUUGUGUGCAUAUGUUUAUGUGGGCCCUACUGAAUGACCAGUGAUGGUUCCAUUUUGAAGUUUCAUGUCCAUCGUUAGCAGUUCUUAAAUUGACAGAAGUAUGUUUGCUUUGCUGUUAUUGUUAGCUUGAAUUUUUCUUUUUUUUUUUUCUUUUUUUUGAACGAAGUGGUGAUGUGCCAACCCCCACAAAUUAAUUUUUAAAAAGAAAAUCUAAGAUAUUGGUAGUAUAUUGCGUGACAUUCAAGAGAAUAUGUUGUUUUGAUGCGCAAAGUGAAGAAAAAUUGUUUUCCUUGACUUGAAAUACUUUCUCCUUCUACUGUUUUCCUUUUUGCUUUUUGCCUGCUCUUCUAGACCUGUAAGGUAGUCUGAUGGAAUUUUUUUCAUGGAAGUGGUGUCCACUUUAUUUUGUCCCUCAUGAUGUGGUUUUGUUAUCUGGCAAUAUACUGGGAACUGUAGCCCUGUUUAUAUACUGGCAGUUAUUUUGUUGAAUAAUAAGUUAAAAAUACCUUUUGCAAUUAUUGUUUGGCGGAGCAUUUCAGAGGAAAGGCAUUGCCUGUUGUCGUUUUACGUGUCUCUGGUUUUUUGUGUCACUUCUUUCUUUAUAUAUAAGCAAAUUUUUUUUUCUGUUAUUGUUUUCUUAGAUUUAUGUAUAUCGCCUGGAGCUGUGUGUACAAAGGAGUAUGUGGUAUAAAAAUGCACUUCAUUAUUAUUAUUAUUAAUAUUAUUAUUAUUUUAACGGUAAGCACUUGAACUUAGAUUCUCUGUACAUGUCAGGGAUGCCAAAUCUCCGUUUUUUCCUGCUUUUUCCGGGUUUUUCAUAGUGCUCCUGCUUGAAAUGGGAGAGGUAAGAAAGAUGGGGGUUUUUUGCUCAUUUAAAAAUUUUGCAAGGUUCGUUUCCGGUGAGGUGUGAUGCUCCGCUCAUUUGGGGGGGGGGGGGGGUCAAAAAUCAUUUGGCAUCCCUGACAUGUACAGCUGAUCAUCUAAAAUGGCCUCGGCCAGUGAUAAUAAUUAUAAAUGCAUUUUUACAUAGCCCAUAUCCACACUCUGCAGCAUGCUGUAUGGGCGUAACAACUAGACCAGUGUCUGGACUGCUCACAAGCAGGGCCUUUAGUCUGUGAUGUUCCUCCCCUCAUGUUACUGUUACACCAAGUUUGCUUUGUUGUUGAGAUGAAUUAGUCAGGCUGUGGGUGGUUGGCAGGUGCUCUGGUUUGGUUUGUUCCUUCUUUCCUAUCAAAUGUCUUAUCGUCCUUAUCCCUCCCCUCCUCCUGUUAUUGUGUUUGUUACUCUCUCAUAACACCUCCAACCUUCAACACAUGCAUUACCUAAUUAUGUUGCAAGUGCUGUAAAAUGGUCGCUUAAACAAGAUAGGUUGUCUAAAGCGACUUUAGUUUCUGUGUGCAAUAUUUUCUUUCUUUGUCAUUGUGCUUGUGAAUAAAUUAUGUUCAUGCAGAGAUAUGUAUAUGUAUUUCUUACGCUGAGAUUCUGUCAAUUUCAAAAUUACAAGAAUGGCUUUUUUGAACAAAUA